AUGCCUGGGGUUCCUUCUAACAAGGCGUGUGAGCGGUGUAAAAAGAGACAUCUGAAGUGUGAUGAGGCUCGUCCACAUUGCCAGCGCUGCACCGCGGCCGGUGUGGAGUGCCCCGGCUAUGUUCAGACACGCAAAUUCAUCGAUCAAGGAGCUACGGUAAGACGCCGAUAUGCUCCUUAUCAGGAGGUUCACCCCGCACACGCCACGGAUUCCGGUAGAGCCCCAGAACAUGCUCCAUCAGCUCAUAUUCAAAAUCUGCCUGAAGCGCCGGAUCAAAUACCAGGCAUCUCAAAAGAGGGAAAUAUCACCUUUAUGGAAGAAGCAAGAUUAAAUACGGCAGAUCCAAAUCAACCCAGUGCGACCGCACCGGCUUUGCAUCCCAUUGUAUCUGGAGCUCCAUUAUCAAGGUUGAACUCAUCCGGGAGGGAAAGCGGGCCUUCGAGCAAUGCUCACAACUCAAUCUCACCAAAUUUCACCAUGGAACUGAAUCCUCCCCACGGAAAUGCGUAUAACGCAGAUCCAAUAACAGCUGAUUACCGGCGAGUAUCCUCUUCAGAGACGCCUUCUCAGCGAAGCGAAAAGGAGGAGUUCCAAGACAUCUUUUCCGAAUUCAUGACCGGGACCGAGCACGAGAUUGCUUUCCUCACGCGUCAUUAUGCAGAGAUCAUAGGUCCAUGGCUUGACCUGUCCGACUCUGGAAGAUUCUUCUCUGUCUAUGUUCCCAUUAGAGCCAUCAACUGUCCGUCCCUUAAAUACGCCAUCGCUUCCUUAGCAGCAAAACAGCUGGGUCGAGUCAAAGGCGCCAAAUCAUCUGCAGGAAAUGGCAUGUUCACAAGGCCUGCUACUACUGAGGUAUACCCAAAUGCUGCUCAGGUUGACUGGUUCCUGAAGGCUGCCAACUAUUAUUAUAUGGCAGCAUCUGACUUGAACAAUGCGUGUUCUGGUGGCUAUACCGCGGUCUCCAGCUCGGCUGUACUGGAGUCACCAAUCAGCACGGUCGGUCGCUGGCUGAAUUCCCGUGCAACAAAAGAGUUGGCACAAACCUGCUGCGACGGGAGCCUCUUGCGGAAAGCCGAGGAGAUGCUCGCGACUGUCACACUUUUAACAGUAUAUCGGCUUCUAGAUUCAAUUGGGGACGAGUGGCACAAGCAUCUUUCGGGUAUCCGCCCGUUGUUUGAGUCUUUCCUGAGUCUGAACUUGACAAGUUCAACCUUUUUCUCGCACGGGAUCCGUGCUUCUUUUUGGAACUUCGCUCGGCAGGACUACCUGGGGUCUUAUUUCACAAGAUCCGCCACCCAUUUUCCCCCUACCAGUCUGCCCCUGUGGCGUGCAGCUGGAAUUUCAAUUGAUGACCAACAUAAAUUUCAAAUGGGGUCCAUACAUUUGAACCAAGAGGAUCAGGCAGCGAACGGUCUAUCAUGGCUCGUCUCGAAGGUCGUUAACUUUCUGGCUCAGUCAAAGGAGUCGCAGAUUGCCCAGUGGACUGGAUCCCCACCGUCCACUUCGCCUGGUGGAAAUCAAGAAACAUCACCAGGGCCCGACCAACAACUGUAUCCCGACACAAAUACCUGGCUAGAUCUCUCUUUCGAGUUCCAGGUUUGGUUUGAGGGAGUCCCGGAGACCUUUCGUCCUUGUGUACGGAUCGAGAAUCCGAGAGACCUGACCAAAAUGCCCGACGGUCCUCAGCUGCCCUUCCCCGAAGUCUUUUAUAGUUUCUCGACCUGUGCAGCUGCGAUGCAGCACUAUCAUUUCGGGCGGAUUGCCCUGUUGUUGAAUCGACCAACGGACGUAGUCAGUGCGCCGAGCACGGCGUUUGAUCGCUUGCAAGGGUAUCGGGACCUGACAAAAGAAGUGGAAUAUCGAAGUCGAGAGGUGUUUGGUAUUGCUCUAGGGCGACCGAAAGGAGAGGUUCGUGUAUAUAUGACCCCCUUGUUGCUUGCUGUGGGGCAGUGCUUGGAGAGCGCAGACGAGCACCGAAUCAUCGUGGACCUCUUGAGUGGUGUAGAGACGGAUCUUGGCUGGGCAACUGAAUCUGUGGUUCAAAAGCUCCAAGCUUCGUGGAAUCGAGGAGCUUGA